UGGAGCCCAGGGAGGAGGCGGCUGCAUGCUCGGAUGCCACCCGCCACCUCUGUGCCCCGGCAGAUUGGCAGAUCACGGGAGUUGUAAGUUUUGCUGCAGCCAUUCGCACUCAGGCAUUACCACGCCUCCCUAUUUUUCCGGACAUGUUCGGCUUUUUGGAAAUUCCUCCCCGACGGGGAUUUGAGGACCAAAAAGCCGGACAUGUCCGGGAAAAUCCAGAUGUAUGGUAACCCUAAUCUAUACAGCCCCCACCCCACAACACUCUGACCUCUAUAGCCCCACCUAUACUCCGAUCUGUACAGCCCACCACCUCACAACACGCUGUGCUGUACAGCCCCUUGCCCCACCUACACUCCCCCAACCUGCACAGCCCCCCGCCUACAACCCCCUGCCCUGUACAGCCUCUCUGCCUACACCUCCUGAUAUGUACAGCCCCGCCUACACCUCAUCUAUACAACUGCUCUCCACCCCCACACCCCCUGUAUACAACCGCCUGUCCCCCACAGUAAUCUGUACAGCCCCCCCGCCCCACACCCCUCUACCUGUAUAGCUCCCCACACAACACACAUCCUAACCUGUACAACCCAGCCUACACCUCCCCUACACCCCAUCUAUACAACUGCCUGUUUCCCACCCCCUUGAUCUGUUCAGUCCCCUGCUUCACACACCCCAACCUAUACAGCCCUGCCUACACCCCAGCUUGUACAGGCCCCCACUUUCUCCCACCCCGGUCGGCCUGUACUGCCCUGCCUAUACACCUCAACCUGUACAGCCCCCUGAUCUGUACAGCUUGACCUACACACACCCUGAUCUGUACAGCCCUGCCUACACUCCCAAUCUGUACAGCCCUGCCUACACCCUGACCUGUACUGCCCUCCACCCACAACCCCAAUCUGUACAGCCCACCCUACACCUUCCUGACCUGUACAGCCCCGCUACAUCUCCCCAAUCUGUACAGGCUCCCAUCUCCCUCCCCUCUGUUCAGCCCCUACACACUCCCUGACCUGAACAGCCCAGCAGACCCCCCACAUACUUUGAUCUGUACAGCCACACACACAUACCCCUGAUCUGUACAGCUCUGUGUACACCCCCGAUCUUCACAGUCACAUACCCCUGAUUUGUACAGCCCUGCAUACACUUCUGAUCUGUACAGCCACAUUCCCCACACCCCCUGAUCUGUACAGCUGUGAGCACACACACCCCUGAUGUGUACAGUCCUCUGCUCCCCAUGUGUCUGAUCUGUACAGCUCUCCAGGGUUUAGCUCCUGUUGUCUCUUCCCCUCCUAGAGUUUUCACCCAUGCCAUUUGCUCUGCCCAAGCACCGAGUUGGUAAUCUUUGGGGCAUGUUGCAAAACCAGGUACGUUUACUCAGGCUUUCCUUGAGCGGGGAAUGGGCUCAACUUCUGAGAACUGAGCUGUUCUCGAUCCUGCUGGUCUCCAUGGGGCACUGUGCUGGCACAAAGAUCCAUCCACCCAGCGCUCAUUGCAAACCUGGGGCCUUAGCGGGCAGACUUCAGAGAUAUAAUGGUUCCUGCACCCAGGGCCUCCUACACUCCUACGAGGAGCUGGCAGGGCUCUGCACAGAAUGAAGAGGUGACUCUCAGCCCCAGCCUGAUGCACAGAGCUCUGAGCGCUUUGUGAUGAGCCCUUCUCGGAGGAGGGGACUACAGAAACCUUCUACUUGUGCACUCCUGGAGAACGAGCCCUCCUCUGCAUGUGGCUCUCCCAGGUCUGUGUGAGGGAAUCUCCAAGAGGCUGCUGACGCAGCAGGGCUGUGCUGGGAGAAUGGUCUGUGCCCAAGUGGAAGCAAGCCCUGGGAAGUGCUGGCAGAAGGUGCUGUAUGAGAGGCAGCCCUUCCCAGAUAACUAUGUGGACCACCGGUUCCUGGAGGAGCUGCGGAAGAACAUCUACGCCCGCAAGUACCAGUAUUGGGCAGUGGUGUUUGAGUCCGGGGUGGUGAUCCAACAGCUGUGCAGCGUCUGCGUCUUUGUCGUCAUAUGGUGGUACAUGGACGAUGGGCUGCUGACCCCACAGUGGCUGUUUGGGUCUGGCCUGGCAUCUUCCCUGAUUGGCUACGUCCUGUUUGAUGUCAUAGACUUGGGGGUGGGGAGGAAGCAGAGCGGUCGGACCCGGUGGGCGGAUCUGAAAAGCACCCUGGUGUUCAUAGCUUUCACCUAUGGCUUCUCCCCAGUGCUGAAGACCCUGACGGAGUCGAUCAGCACGGACACCAUCUACGCCAUGUCGGUCCUCAUGCUCCUGGGGCACCUGAUCUUCUUUGACUAUGGGGCCAAUGCCGCCAUCGUCUCCAGCACGCUGUCCCUCAACAUGGCCAUCUUCGCCUCCGUGUGCCUGGCCUCCCGGCUGCCCCGCUCCCUGCACACCUUCGCCAUGGUCACCUUCGCCAUCCAGAUGUUUGCCCUGUGGCCCAUGCUGCAGAAGAAGCUCAAAGCACGGACACCCCGCUGCUAUGUGGGGGUGACCCUGCUCUUCGCCCUGUCUGCGCUGACUGGGCUGCUGACCAUCUCGGGCGUCGCCGCCCUUCUCUUUGCCCUUCUGCUGGUCUCCAUUUCAUGCCUGUGUCCUUACUGCCUCAUCCGGCUGCAGCUGCUCAAAGACAACAUCCAUGGGCCUUGGGAUGAAGCUGAAAUCAAGGACGACCUCUCCAGGUUCCUCAUGUAGACUCGUCCAGGACACACAGCAGGCCAGCAGGACCCCUACAGUGCUACCGGAACAAAAGCCUUCUGCCUUAGAGACGACCUCCUGAGUGCCAGAAUCACAGAGAAGUGUGGGGGAGGUUGCAGUGUUAGAACAGAGCCUCUUCUCCCAGAGUGAGACAAACAGCUUGGUACAUGCUAGGAACUUCCCCUCAACAAUGUAUAUGUGUAUUGCUCUCACUCAUUAAUACUAGCUGAGCUCCCACCGCGGAAGCAUGGCAGAGCACAAGUAGACAGAGGACUGCAGGCAGAUGCCAGCAUUUUAUCCACCACGUUACCUGCUCAGAGCAGGUCUCCAUGACGUAUGUGGCACUUAAUACCAGCUAUAGGGCACGAGCGUCUUCUCCCCACUAGCGCUGCUGUUGGCUCUGCUGCUUGGGGAACUGAAUUAAUGGUAACAAUAGUGGGGAAUGUUUUAGCCAAAGUUUGCUGGUGUAGGCGAGGCCCACUGGAAUUGCUGGGUAUUUGGAAAGCAGCUUUCGAAAUCUCUUUGGCAAGCUGGACUUUCUGGCUAUUAAAAGCAUCCAAUCCCUCAAACCUCUCUGCCUUUGUCAUUCUUCUGUGAAACAGCCCAGCGGGAGCAGCACAUGGGGGGAAGCUGAUGGGGCAGGCAGAUCAGAUCCAGGGGCUGUAUUUUGUUAAAGGGCAGAGCUUUCAUUUCUUAGUUCAGAGGUGUCACCGCAGAAGCAGGAGUGUGGGGCAGGGGGGCAGAUCGGGAGUGGGAAUGCAGGAUACCUGACUCUGCAAUGGAAGGCCCUGUGUUUGCUCCCAUUCCAGUGUUGCAUGGGAUUUCUAUGUGUCACUGUAACAGAACCAGUGAGAAACUCAAGCAGAGCACCCUGGCUUUAUCUCCCUGCAGGUUGCAAAGCUGUCGGGUCCGAUGUGUGUCUGGAAACAUCCCCAGGUUCUUAUUGCGUUGGCAUCUUCCCUUCUCAGGCUGUUGUAGCGCUGGGUAUUUCCGCUAACAGACAGGCACAAGCAGAGGAAGGGGAUUGUUUGCCAAAGGCUUCCAGCAACACUUUGGCGAGCCAGCUUGGUCUGCUUGGCUGGAACACGAGAUGAUGGACGUGCCUGAAUUGUCCGGCCUUAUCGUGCUGCUCCCCUUUGAAUCCAGUCCAUUACCGACUGACUCAGCUGUGGCUAGUGCUUUCUCCUUCCCACGGGAGCAAGACAGCUCUGAGAGGCCUCUCCGUUCACACCUC